GCACCACACAUCGGUCCACCCUGGGACUCCCCAGCUCAGCCGAAACGGUAUCCUCGGGGCUCCAGCCCCGGGAGCCUCCAGGUCUCUGGUGUCGCGCGGGACACACCCCGGGGGAGGAGCCACCUCUCCCGGCCAGUGCAAGCAGACCGCCAGCUACAGUUUCCUCUCCUCUGCUGCAGCCAGCACACCCACCCCGGACCGGACCGACAUGGCCCAGGAACGCCCCUCCUGUGCCGUGGAGCCCGAGCACGUCCAGCGGUUGCUACUGUCCUCUCGUGAGGCCAAGAAGUCAGCCUACUGCCCCUACAGCCGCUUCCCUGUAGGAGCUGCCCUGCUCACCGGGGACGGGAGGAUCUUCUCUGGGUGCAACAUAGAAAACGCCUGCUACCCACUGGGCGUGUGCGCUGAGCGGACUGCCAUCCAGAAGGCCAUCUCGGAAGGGUACAAGGAUUUCAGGGCUAUUGCCAUCUCCAGUGACUUGCAAGAAGAGUUUAUCUCUCCGUGUGGAGCCUGCCGACAAGUCAUGAGAGAGUUUGGCACCGACUGGGCCGUGUACAUGACCAAGCCAGAUGGCACAUACGUAAUCAGGACAGUCCGGGAGUUGCUGCCGGCCUCCUUUGGGCCUGAAGAUCUGCAGAAGAUUGGAGAAUAGAAUGCCUGCCUGUGUGGGGCUGGGUCCCUACCUGAGGGACAGGCCUUAGAAGAUUUCAUAGAGAUGCUGUCCCUGACUGGGCCUGGAGACACCUGCCACAUGGAGAUACCUUGUGCCACAAGGUAACAAGGGCGACCUUGAUUCACACACCACAGUCUCCCCAAGAGUGAUGGAAGCUGACACUCAGUCUGGGCCAAAGCCUGCAUCCUCUUGGGGACUCGGAGCACUCCACCUCCUCCUCUCCCUCCUGCAGGCCCUGGCAUUCCAGGCCUGGCCUGCCUCCCUGCCAGCCUUCCAAGGUUCUUCCAAGUCCUGUUCCAUAUGACUUUUCUGAUUGUAAACACCACAGAAUGUCCUGGCUGAAAAUAAUGUGUUUUUGUGCUUAAUUUCUGUGUGCAGCUCCGAGGGCAUGGUUCAUCUCACAGGGAGGUCUUAGCUGUUAUCUUCAGUCAGAGGAUGUGGGUGCUUCCCAGUGCACUUCUCUAAGUGGCAUCUGAGGUCUGAGGCUCCUUGUCCCUGUGUUCUUGGUCAGGAGACCCUUAGGGUUUGAUUCCAGGGCCCACUUGUUAUAGUGUGGACAUGGAAUGGAAGCUAUGUCAUUGGGGGUGUCCCUGAAGGAUAUGGAGGUAUCCAGACGUCUUCCUCCUCCUCAUUUCCUAGCUAUGAGGUGAGCUGGUCUUUACCACACACUUAAAGUGAUGUGCACCUCCCAGCCAGAGGCUGAAAGUCAACGGGCCCACGGGCCAGAUCCCCCAAAACUGUAAGGCCAAAUAAACCUGUCCUCUUCAUAAGCUGAUUCUCCCAGGUAUUUGUUACAGGAUGGAGAGCUGACUGACACACCAUUGCUGGGGCUGGUUUGGGCUCAGCAGAGAUCCGAGUUCUGAUGUCAGCUGUAGUCCAACUUUUCUUUGGGCCACCAGCUCACAAAUAACGGCAUGGAGACUUUUUAUUAAUUAUGAAAGCUUGGCCUUAGCUUAGACUUGUUUCUAACUAGCUCUUAUAACUUAAAUUAACCCAUUUCUAUUUAUCUACAUGUUGCCCCAUGACAUGUGGCUUUAACCUCUCCUCCUGCAUGUCCUCUGUAUCCGACUGGCAACCCUUGGGCACCUGGGAUCAUCCUCCUCUUCCUUUCUCUCCCGGAAAUCCCCACCUAUACCUCCUGCUUAGCUAUUGAUCGUUCAGCUUUUAUUACACCCGUUGCAGCAAUGCAUCUUCACAGUGUACAAAUGUCCCACAACAACAGCCGCCCACUGCCACAGCUGUGACGACACAGUGUAAGGGGAAGCAUGGGCAAGGCAGAAAGGACAUCCCUCAGGACCCACUCAGUGCCAUGUGCUUUUGUACUACUCUCUGUUUUCAAUCCUCAGUGGUUCUGGGAGCUGGCUGCCAUGGGGCAGAGUAGCUGAGAGCUUGCUCAACAGCUGUGGCAGAGCUCAGCAGAGAAUCCAUAAUCCCUCAGGGUGUGGUGGCGAAUGCCUUUAAUCCCGGCACUCUUGGGAGGCAGAGGCAGGCAGUGCUCUGUGAGUCCGAGGCCAGCUGAGACUACAUAGGGAGUUUCAGGCCAGCCAGGGUGACAUAAUGAGAUCUGUCUCAACCAAAAGAGAAAGGUCCAGAUCCCUUGACCCCACAGUGACCUGGAAGCUGUACACUCUGCUGAGGUUUCUGACAUGUAGGAACUCACUGCACCCUCACUUAAGAACCCCAUAGGUGGUUUUGCUUUCACUUUAUCAAUAAACACAUCAAAGACCAGAGAGGUUAAAUCAUUUGCCCAAAGUCAAACAGCCAUGUAGAGCCAGUAGCCAGUCGGCUCUGAUUCUGAGCGGCUUUUCCCACAUUCUGCACAGCCAGGACUGUUUACUGAGUGUCUUUCCUGUCGAGUAUGAUGAAUUGUGCAGAGAGAACAAUGUAGAAGAAGCAGUCUGCUCUUGAGGAAUGCUCAGUGUGAAGUGAGGGAGUAGAAAGAUUUAAUGCACAGGGAUGCAGCCGGUGACCAGGGAGAAACAGGCAUACACACUGACCAGGGAGGGACUGGCUACUUUGUGCACUGGUAAGCAUGCAUGCACGCGCGCGCGCACACACACACACACACAUACACUAAAAAAAUAAUGUUUAAAGAAAGUUUGGGCUUUGGAUUAGACAGCCUUCGGGUCAUGUGAUUUGGCCCAAGUUAUUUCACUACUCUGAGACUCCAUCCCUGCAUCUGUAAAAUGGGACUGUUGUGAGGAUCUGAAUGAAAUCCUGCAAAAUUAAAAACCCUGUGUUUAAGCCACA